AUGCACGUCAGUCGGCUGGGAAGAGGGGGGCAGGCUCUUCGGGCAGCAAGCAGGCGAAGGGAAGGAUUUCUUGGUAGGGGAGGGGUGGUGUGGUGUAGUGUAGAUGUGGGAGAGAGAGGGAGGGGGGUAAGAGGGCAGACUGGUGCAGCAGUAGUGGUAGUUGCAACAGCAGCAGCAGCAACAAACAGUCAAGCAGCAGCAGCAGCAGCUCAAAGCGGGCGGACAGGCAGGCAGAAAGAAAAGGAAAAGACUAAAAGAAGAGGGGCGUACCGACGGCAGGCGAAGUUAUUAUUCGCGUGGGCCCAAAGACGGCGGCCAUGGGAGUCUGGCGCGAUUUGGGUAGCAAGGGCCAGAGUGGAGUGGGAGUGGGCGAAAGGCGAGGGUGCAGCGAGUGGUGUGGAGACGGGCAACAGGCCCUGCCAUGGCGCCGCUUGGGCAUCAACUGCCACGGGCCAGCGCCUGACGACGGCUCCUUUGGGUGUCGGACGGCACAUUACCACACAGGCACACGGCACCACUGGCUGCGACGCCUCGACACUUCGCCCUGCGCCACCAUUGGCCGACACCGCACACGACUCGACCGCUCCAGCAGCGUGGGGACGGGGGGGUUUGGUUCGGGCACAGCCGACGGCGGCAGAUUUUACGGUGGGUUUGCAAAUGCAAUCGACAUUGGCUGCGUGUGUGCCAGUGCCUGUGCCAGUGCAGAGUGUCAGGCCGGUGCCAGCCGCUGCGUCCUGUGGCCUCACCGACAUAAGGCACACACCCACACUCACUCCCUCACACUCGCCCAGUAGGAACGCCUCCCCCGUACCGCGAGCCUUGGGCCCAUUCCCUCCGCUCCUCCAUCGUGGCCGCUUGCUAUUAGUCGACAAGUCUCGCCCACCCACUCGCUUUGCACUUGGUCUCAUCAGUACCGUCUGCCCUGCCUCAGCCAGGCCUGGCGGGCACGUGUUUGUGUGUCACCGCAACUGCCCUGCUGCCCUGCUGCUCUGCUGCUCUGCUGCCCUGCUGCCCAAGCCCGCAUACCGCAUAACCACCCACGUCACCCCCCUCGUCCCUAACCCGCCGUCAGCCCGUACUCUCCGCCCCCGUGAACCUCUCCAAGGUUCUUCGCUGCUGGUCCUGCAUCCCAUCUACCUACCUGCUUGCCUCGUACAUCAUACUCCUCGCACUACCACACACACGCGCUACUUAGAUACAUCACUACUUACCGUGUACCUCUCUAGCAUCUGCAUACACACACACACGUUCCCACCACCCCAUCGGCGGAGGCUCCCGGAUAUGCACUGUUGGUGGUUCCUCGCUCCAAAAAAGACAGGACCCAAACAAAUCGUCGACCCUGUGAAUCGACCCGCCCGCCUGCCCAACCACGCUAUCACCAACCUGGCACAGUACUACUACCACUAG